CUCCUCAAAAUAAAAACCCGAACAUUCAAGAAAUCAGCAGAAACUGCACAAGUGAUACGCAGCACCGAGUGACCAACCGAGAGCGCAAAACAAUGGCAGCACCAGACCCCGACCCAUCAUCUUCCUCCAUCUUCUCCCAAAAAAAUUCCAGACUCCCAGACGACACCGUUUUCUACGCCAUCUUCCCUGACUCUUCCCUAACCUCCUCCUCCACCACCGCCUCACUCCAAUCGCUUCAUCUCCAAAUCCUCAAAACCCUCACUCCCUUCACCGCCGACUACAUAUGGCAGCACGAACCAUUCACUCUCUCCCCCUCCACUCUCCCCAAACCCCCAUGCGUCUGCUCCCUCGACCACCACCUCCCUCACCUUCACGGCAAGCUUCGUGUCGCCGACAACUUCGAAGACGAGUGGUUCACCGUCUUCCUCCUCUUCCACAUCUCCACAGCCUUCCCUGACCUCUCCAUCCGGGUAUGGGACUCGGACGGCGAGUUCUUACUCAUCGAAGCGGCCUAUCACCUUCCUCGCUGGCUCAACCCCCAAAACAGUCUCAACCGCGUGUUUAUUCGCCAUGGCAACCUCCAUAUCGUCCCAAAAUCUCGGCUCCCGAACCCAAGCAUCACCGAAUCUUUGAAUUUCAUUGUGAAUUUCGGCCAGGAGUCAGUUGCCCCUGAACCGGUUCAGCUUGCGGUGAAGAAUCGGAUAUCGGACUAUCCGGAGAAGGCGAGGAGGAAUAUGCAUGUGGUUAGGGUUAGAGUUCCGGCGUCGGUUGCGCAGGUCUUGAGUCAAGAACCGUGCUUGAUUGCUUUGGCCGUUGAGGGUUUCUACGACCGUGACAUUGAUACUAUGAAGUAUGCGGCCAAGAUGGAGAGGUUUCUGAGCAGAGGGAGAGAAGAGGAGUUGGUGUGUGUAGCGGUGAAGAUGUCGAGGGCAAUGUAUGCGCAGCUGGUGCAACAGGCUUUUCAGGCGCCAAAGUGUUAUCCCAUGCCGAAUAGGAGCGAGGAUGGGGUGGCGUAUUUGGAGGCCGAAUUGGGGAUGAAGAUUGCAUGUGGUUUGGAGAUGAUGUAUCAGCAAAGGAGAAAGGAGGGGUUGGAAGGGAAAGGGAGUAGUUGGAUCGCGUUUAGGGAGAGUUUGGAGAGGAGUGGAUACCUUGAAGGGUUGAUUCCCGGGUCGAAAGAGUACCAGAGGUUGUUGCAGAAUGCCGAGGAGUACUAUCGGAGUAGUGCUUCCUUUUCGAGGACAAGUGAGAUGAUGAGUGCUCCUGUGAGACGCAUAGAUGAGAUCCUAGCUUUACCUUAUACAGCGGAUGAUUUUAGGGGUCAAGAGGUUCCACCUUCUGAUGAUGAUUCUUGGCUUUACAAUGGAGAGGAGGAAUUGAACUCAGAACUUUUGGAGAGACAAAAGGAGAUCGAACAUUAUAAUUCAAAAAAGAAAAAGAAUCAAAAGUCAAAAGAGCAGGACAAUGCUGGUCCAUCAUCCAGCUCUAACGUUGAUGGGUUCAAUCCUGGUGAUAUAGCAAAAACCAUGCAGGCAUUUGUCCAGAAGAUGUCGAGCUACGAGGGGGCUGAGGUUCCCGAGAACAGGAACCUAAAAGAAGUAGACUUUGAUGCGGACCGUUUCUUUAAAGAUGUAGAAUCAAUGAUGAAGUGCCAUGGUGAUGAGGAUGCCACUAGUGAUGAUGGUAUUGAGGAAGGGUCCUCAUCCGACUUGGACUUUGAUGAGUCUGAAGAUGAAAGCGAGGAGGGAGAGGAUACUUUCAUGCAUUCUUAUUCUGAUGCUCUAAAUGAAGAAUUGAAGGCUACAACUCUCAAGAAAAGUUUUUUUCGUGCUGAUGAACAAGCCCCAAAGAAGGAUGAGGGAACGUCGAAUGCAACAGAAGACAUGGAGGAGGAUUUCACUCCUGUGGACGUGGAUGUGAAUCUUGUCAAGAACUUCCUCGAUUCAUUUUCUAGCCAACAAGGCCUUCCUGGUCCUGCUUCCAAUUUGCUUGGGCUAAUGGGUUUACAACUCCCACAAGAUGAUAACAAUAACAAGAACAAAUGAGGCCUCAUUUUAGUCUUCUAACUCCAGUUUUGUGUUUCUUCUCCAAAUAUAGAGGGAUGGCAACUGGGGUGCGGAUAAGGUUCAAUUCAAUGAGGGAAAAUUGCCAUCCCUAUCAACUCAAGUUCCAUAUGUUGGAUAUUUGUAACCCUUACCUCCUUCUGAUCCGACUUCCACUUCGUGUUGAUUAUGUGGUAGACUUUCUUUUUGUUUUCUACAGAUGGUGAUAGGGAAUACAGUAAUCAGCAAUGUACCUUUUUUUAUAAAAGAAAAAGAAUGAGAAAAUUGUACAUGUUUUUGCCCGGUGAGCAGAAGGAUGCUGUAAAUACUUUGUUUCUUUGUGUACUGACAAUAACUUUAGUUUGUUGAAUCAAUAGAAA